UGCUGGCGUCCGUAGCGCGCACUCUCCGGCCCUGACUCGAACUGGGUCAACCCCUCGAACGAACCAGCCCGCGAUACUGUUUGCCCCGCGAGACCACCGACACCGAGGCCAGUUGCGAGGCGCGCGCGCUACACCGAACACGCUUUACUACCAUACGCGCCGCCAUCCCUCUAAUCUUCCUAUUAUACUCUACUUCAAAUUUUAUUUUUCUUCUUCUUCUUCUUCUUCUUCUUCUUCUUCUUCUUUCUUAUUUUUAUAAUCUUACGUCGGCGAACAGAAACCGAGUCGGUAAAGGUGGGACUCGAUGUGACUGAAUUCGAUAAGAUUUACUCGAACGCCUUUCGGGGCUCGGGCAAGGUGAACUCGACGCGACUCGAUUCAACACGGUUCAAUUCCACGCGAAUCGACAAAUUUCAGGCUGACUCGACUUGGUUUAUAUUCGACUAUAGCUUGUUUCCGGCCAGUUCAUUCGGGCAAUCGAAGGAUUGGUGGGUGAUCAAUGUGUCGGAGUUGGUGAAAUUGCUGAGGAAGGAUACGAUUUUAUAAUUCGAAUUCGAACAGUGUGACUCGAGUUGGUGUAUUUUUUUUUUUUUUCUAAGACACACUUUCGAGGAUCGCUGAGAAACUGGGUUAAAGAGGGUUGGUAGGUUGUUGUGCUACCAGGGGUGGUUCGAUCGUUGAACGAAUAGUUGUUUCUUUUUGGAGACCUGGUCAAGGACGCGCGGAAGAGAAAUUGUAGUUGGAUGAAAAAUUUCCUGUCAUCCGAAAAAUUCGGCCACGAAAUCGACCGUUCGGAAAAGCGAAAAGUGAUGCAUGAAAAGCUUCUGAACAGGUGGUGUCACGCACAGUGGUUUCUCUGUGAGGGGUGGUUUUCGCUCGUCGUUUCUUCUUUCGCAACGUCGAUGAAAAGUAGUGUUCCGUUCGGUUUUGUCUCAUCUCGAGCACGUCGUUCCGACUAAUAGAUCCGAGAGAUGGAGGAGAUUUCACGGUAUUAAAAAUGAUUCGGUGGAUUCUGCGUGGAUUCUGCGUGGAUUGUGCCACGGAAAUUCGAGCAAUCUUUCUGAUGGAGGAACCGCUGACAAACUACUUUCAAUCAACGAGAGAAUACACCACGGUGCAUUUUCAGAUUGUCUUUCUUCUUCUUUCAUGCUUUUUUCAUUCUUUCCUCGAGAAAGAGGAGGAAUUUAUCAUCUUACAUUAUUCUUUCCAUUAGAUAAUUGUUCGAAUGAUUGAUUCGUUGAUUCUCUGCUCAAUUAUUAAACGAACCUCUACACAAUUAUCUUAUAACGAUAGAAUAUUCAUUUUUACAAUUUUUCACAAUUUUCUCCAUUUCCUUGGAAUUUUCUUCAAACUGCAAUCACUCUUUCCUAGAAUUUCUUCCAUAUCCCUGAAUUUUCCCCGGAAUGUUUCGUUCAUCCCCGUCGUGUCUGCAACAACCAUUGUCCUCUUGAAUGAUUUGAGUGGGAAGAAAAAGAAAAGAAUAAGAGAACAAUCUGAGGAUGGUGUAGCUGACGUUGCGAAAGGAACAAACGUUUACGAUAGACGCGAGGAAAAGUCAAGAUGGUCGAGGAGGAAUCGUAAGCUGUGAAAUGGAACAGUCGAGCACCGAAGGAUCGAGGAGGUAUUCUUCAUGAAUGCAAUUCGGUGGAGAUGAGAUGGACGAUCGUCGAGGACGUCUUAAUGAGUAGUAACGAAAACGUUUUCACGCGGAGGUCCGCGCAAAAAUUGUGCAACGAUCGAAUGAUGAACAGCGGAGAUUCGAUGGGCGUCGCGGUUCACCCUCGACACGAUUAAAACGCUUUCGAACCGGUCUCGGGGUGCUUUGAUCGCGAGCUAUGACGUUGUGCCGUGUGUUUUUGUGACGUGCUGCUUUCCGAUAAGCUGCGGAAAGGAUCUUAUCGCCGAAAUUAUCGCAGAGAGUGUUCCAUGUUCCUGAAUCCUCCGAUCGACCGUUUGCGUUUGUGCGCGAGUAGUUGAUGACCGUCAGUGAUCUCGUGAAGUUUCCUUGUUGUUCCUCGUCGUUGUGAAAAUCGAAGAAAAGUGUCGUUGUCGAACGAAGAAGGGUGCUGGUGUCCUCGGCAUGAAGGCGAGCGUUCUAUGUUCCUGCCUGUAUUCCUGAUCGAAGAGUGAUCCGGAACUAUACAGCUCGUUUCACCAGCGUAUCCGAUAGCGUUUGCCAGGCGGCCAGGAAGCAAGCAAGCACAGGAAAGUGUCCUCUCUCGACUGGAGGAGAGCGCAAGUACUCGGCAUGAAGGACACGCACUGGCCGGUUUUCAUCUGCGUUCUCAUGGCGACGACGGUGCUUUCCUGUCGGCAGAGCGAGUUCCAAUGCGGCAACGGACGCUGCGUCGCCCAGAACAAGGUGUGCAACGUCGUCGACGACUGCGGCGACGGCAGCGACGAGCCUCGACAGUGUUCUCCUUGCAACAAGACUUAUUACGGCGACGUGGGGAAAACUUACGACCUGGAACUUCAUCGACCAAAGGAGGAUAAGGUGCCUUACAUUUGCAAGCUCACCUUUAGCGCACCGGGUGGCGAUUUCGGAGACAUCGUUCAGUUGACGUUCGACAGCUUCACCCUGGGGAAAUUCGUGUCGUUCACAGCGGAGGGAUGCCCGGACGGGUCGCUGCAAAUUUCGGAGGCCCAGCGACCGGACGUUGGCGGCCUCUGGUGCGGAACAUCCUGGGGUCCUGCGAUUUACUACAGCGAGACACCAACCGUCUCUAUCACGUUGAAGCUGCUCCGACUCAGCAAGGAUCAGAAGGGAUUCAAUUUUGAUUUCAGGAUGGCGUACAAAAUGAUUAGAAAGUCCGAUGCCGUGGUGCGCUACGGGAAUCCCUUCGUUGGAAUGACGCAAGCAACGGGAACACCAUCGUCGACCGAGUCGACGUCAGCCUCUUCGUCGUCGAGCGAAUACGCGAACAGUUCGAUGGCUAUGCCUAUGCAGAUGGUGGAACAGCCAUCAACCAGCCCGAAACCGAGCAGCGAGCAAUACCUCGGAGACCUGAUAUCCGGUACAUACUGUUCGCGCAUAUUCAGCGACUGCGACCGGAAGAAGUGCAGGCUCCAGUCGCCCAACUUUCCCGGCCUCUACCCGCGCAAUCUCACCUGCUACUACGCGGUGAGGCAGCACGAUGUACCACCAGGGAAACACGCCUUAAUUUCGGUGAAACAACCUCGGGGUCAAUUGGUUGCCAUUAGGGCACGGGCAGCCACCCAGGCGGAAUCAUCGCCCCGUGAACUUCGCCUCUGGAAGGAUUGCGACGUGGUUCAGGAUUACGUGACCGUGUACGACGGCUACACCACCCGAGAUCCGGUGAUCCUGAAAUUUUGCGGAGGAGGAGAACCAGUGCCAGAGGCGACCAGCAGCGGAACGGAGAUCCUCGUCGAGUUCACCACGUCUCCUUACGGCACGUUUCUGCACCCCACACCGCCCCACUCUCUCCACGGCUUUCAAUUAGAAGUGCAAGUGAAGUUUGUGGACGCAGACUCUCCGACGUACGCGAAAAACAAACACUGCGAGUUCUGGCUUCAAGGUAGCGGCGGAGGAGUGCUGGCUUCGCCUAGACACUCGUUGCCUAGGAACAGCACCUGUUUGUACCAUCUUCGUGGAGCAGGGCUAACGCUACCGAGUCCGACACCGCCUCGUCCUUUGCCAAAGUUUCCGGAACAGAGGCCAGGAACGGUAUGGAGGAGGCCAGCACCGCGGCCUGUACAGCCACAGUUUCGCGUGUGGCUGUCGAUCCUCAAGUUUCACGUGGGUACCAGCUUGUCCACCGGCGGCGACGAGGACUGCUCUACCACCCUGAUAGUAUGGGACGGCGAGAUGAUGCCGUUGUCCGAGUGCAACGACCUCCUCUGCGAAAUUGAGCAUCAGAGACACGCGGACAGAUCGGCAGAACCCGCUCAUCCACUCGCGGCCCGUCCAGCGGGCAACACCACGCUCCUGGCCCGCUACUGCAAGGACAUGGUACCAAGGACCUGCGAUCACGCGAUCCUUCAGAACACCAGUCGUCCCUGUUCUCUCGGGGAGAGCUUCGUUUCAAGGGGAAGUAGCCUGACCAUCGAGAUGCGGAUGGUCGAGUCGACGGCUCUCAGGCCGGUGAAUUUUCGAGCACUCUACGAGUUCGUCGAUCUUCAUCAAGACGGUGAUCCUUACGGAAGCGGUCCUUGUUCGAGGAUCUUCUACAGCCGCAAUCGGGAUCAUUAUCCUGAUCGCAGAUUCCAAGCGCCUCGCGACAUCUUCCUUUAUGGCCGUGGCGGGGCGAAAAAUAUGAGCUGCGUGUACCGAUUCGAGGGCGAACACGACGAAAUCGUGAAGCUGAGGUUCAACAAACUGCUGAAUGGGAAUCGAACUUGUCGCAGCGUCUCCAGUUCGGACUUUAAUCGAUUGUUAUGCGUCGGUUCCGAUCAUUUCUCCGUAAAGGUGCUCGAUCUUCCAUGGCCGAACGCUCCUCCCGUUCAAAAGGAUUGUCUUUGCUCGAAUCGUUCUCUCCCCAUGAACGUUAAAUCCACGUCGAACAUCGUCGAGGUGCAUUUCACGGUGCUCUCGAUGGACGCGUUGGACGAUUACAAUAAUCUGUUCUUCGAGGGUAUCUGGGAUUUUGUGAAGACCAAUCCGUGUUUGCAGAAACGCAGGAUGAGAGGACCAUCCGGGGAGAUCAAGUAUAAAUCGCCGAUCACCGAUGAGGAUGAGAAAAAUUGCGAGAAACAUCCAUGGUUGAUCGAUCCAGGACCGAAUCAGUACCUCUACGUGAAGAUGCACGGCACGAUAAUGUCGAACAGCAGCAAGUGCUCGACGAAGAACCGCAUCGUGGUGCACACAGGUGGUGCAAUCCACGUGUCCGUGUGUCCGAAACCGCCGAUAGAAUCGAGGCACCACGUGGUGGAGGUGUUCAGCGACGGCUGGGCCGUCAGCAGCAACGCGAUGAUCCUUGCACCGAGUCAGGACCCCAUCAGGACCAUCGUUGUGGAGUUUCUCGUUAAGGAACCAGACACGUAUACAGUCACCUGGCUCGAGCUCACCAGAAGACCGUCGGUGACAUCGACGGCAGGCCUGCAAAUGCCUCGAGAUUGCGACCAACGGUGUCCAGAGUUGGACGCCUGCAUAAACGCGUCCCUCUGGUGCGACGGCAUCUCCCACUGUCCAUCAGGUUACGACGAGGCCUUGACCCAUUGCUCGAUGCUGUUGCAACUGCCUCCUCUGCAUCUGGCUCUCGGUCUAAUCGCGAUCGUCACGAUCCUAGCCGUGAUCUGCUUCGUGAUCUGGCGCAUCUGCAGGCAACGGGCGAGUCGCUCGAUAUCGCAGCACAGGCUGAAGAGCAUCAGCUCAGCGACGGCCAUCAUCGACGGCAAGGAAGUGAUUUGCUGACACAGCGACAGUUCUGUGCGUUACGUCGAGGUCGACCGAGUGACCACCGUGUGACGAUCACCUUUGGUCACCUUCGUUCGUCGUCGCGGUUGCCCGAUCUGCCUGGUGUCCUCCUGAACGGUACACCUCCGCGACCACAUCCGCCUUUACGUAACGCGCAGAACUGUUCCUCUGUAAGAAUGCUUCGCUCGACGUAUAGAUUAGAUUCUAAUCGAUUCUCCGACUCUCCGUUCGACGACUCGAAUCACCCUUUCGUUUCUUCGCCCUCGUUCGAGAGUCGAACGAUUUCCAGAGACUCGUUUGGCUCUUCCGACGCAUCCGUCACCUCCCAAUAAGCGCAACAGGGAAUCGAAUUGUUUUAACGAGGACAAUAAGUAAAGUGAAAAAAUCCUAGCGAUAUCCUUUCGCUCGCGCUAGUAGUAUAACUUAGCGGCAACUGAUUCUUCGUAGAGUAUACCGUUAGAAUAAAAUAAAUUUCCGAAACGUCGAACGGAGACACGAGCAGGAAGCUGUUCUUAGUAGUAGUCGUUCGAUCGGCCGUCGAGAAGCCGAUCGACGUGACAGCGAAGGCACGAUUUUAAGUUCGCUCUUCUCAACAUCGCUCUCUCCUCUUCACUUCCGGUGAACCACGCGAGAUGUUCUGUAAAAAAUAAUCGAUCGAAAUCGCACCGUUGUUCGGAUGAAUCGAGGCGUUUCGUUUCGAACCGGAGAUGAUCAAGAUUGUUGGGAAAUUUUCCUUCGUAUAGAUAUAGAUUCCAAGGAGAAUGGACAUGGAACCACGAGAAAUCUCCGAGCAGUCUGAAUCAUCUUUCUCUUAAAUGAAAAAAAAAAAAAGAUAUACUAGAGAUACUUGACCAAAUGUUUCAAGCGAUUAUCGUUUUAGGGGACUUAAUGAUAAUUACACUAGCGGAUAAGACUUCGACGGAAGAAGGAAAGGUAGAAUCUAUGGUAGCCUGAGAUUAUGUGAUACAAUAUACUGUUUCUGAAAUGCUGUUUUCCUCGGAGCUGUGCUCCGUUUAAUAAUUGUUACACCCGGCUAGGGUGGUCGAAUCGGCAUUACGAUUCAGGGUGUUCAGGGUCGACACCCGACGACUCGUACACCAUGUUCAUACUUGUACAUAAUUAUUUAUCUAUUUGUAUCGGAUGAUAAUGCCGUUUUAGCACGCGUCUCCGUUCUUACGAUCACGUUUUUUAAGCUCAAACUCGCAAACAUGGUCAUUCAAAUUUCGUAAAUUCGAUCUCAACGAUUGUAUCGGUCGUUUCGGUAAUUAUUUAAAUUACUCUAAAUAAUUAAAAAUAGAAUAGUAAUCUAAAUAAUUACCGUCGUUUCUUAUUUCGAAUCAUCGGAGAAGCGUGAGUGCGAACGGAGACCUGUACCAAACCGCUUCACUAUUAGCCACUAAGCACACAGCUCGGAAAGAAAUGUCAGAAGAACCGAAGAUGAUAAAAGAAAUUGAGAAGAGCGCCGCGAUUAAACACAUUACCGUCGACUAACCGGAAUUACCGUCAUCGUUUUCUCGCUGUUUCAACCGUGCACGUAACGAUCAUUCGGAAGAUAGAAAGUCCAGGAAACGAAAGCCGAACAGCAACGUCGAAACCGAGCCUCCAUAUUAUACGUUGAUCAAUGACAAUCGUUAAUGUAUCGAUUUAUUAAUUGUAUGCUUCAAGUAGACCGCCCAAGCGGCAGCAGCAACGUCGCGAGACGAAGGUAAAACCUUCUCGUCGAGAUUUCCAUACCACGACUUCGUCCUAACGUGAAGACUUUUUUAUCUUUAAAAAAAACGCGUCCUCUUAUUUCGUACGUUUACGGGGUUUAUUCGCUCUCUCGUUCGCUCGAUACGAAUCGGUCAUUCUUCUUCUACUCGACGAAUUCUCUAUCUAUCUCUAUAUGUAUAUCUCUCUCGCUCUUUCUCGUCAAACAAAUCCAUUUUUUCGGAUAUUCCCGAUUCAUGUUUCUUGCGUUGCGGGGACCAAAAAUGAAAGAAACGCGUACGACCGCUGGAAUUGGCCGUGCCAAAAUACCAUCAUCUCGUUCACUGUUUCUCUUCUCUCUCUCUCUCUCUCUCUCUUGGUUAGUUCGGUUGGCUCGCGUGAUUCCGUUGGUCCGGCGCGAUCAAUACCAAAUACAUACAUUUACAGAGAAUCGAAGACUGACUUUAGUUUCUCGCGUUCAAUCGUUGCUGUUGCUCCAGCGAUUCCGUGAUAACACACGAGAUGCACACUUCUCAGUUCACUGCCAUUUCCGUUUUAUCGCACACAUUGUGUCGCGGAUCGGUUUCGAGUGAUCGUGAUAACGUAUCAGAAGGAAAUCGUCGAACAAGAAAACGAGAGAAAACACACCUCGAUACGUUGCGUUCGAUUAAACGUUUUCUCCUGUUCGUUAAUCAAAGUUUCGAUGUAAUUAACAAGGGCUGCCAAUGAAAGAUAAUCAUUCGAAAUAAUUCUAAAGUUUAUUCAGACUCAAGCUUACAAGUUCGAUACGACACUGGACAAAGAGAGACAAGACCGUGUAUAAGAUCAUUAUAAAAAAAAUCUGUACCAUAAAUGAUCGAAGGAUCGAGAUAAAUUGUAAACGCAACUCGCACAAAGGUCUUCGUAACUGUGUGUACUUGAAUUAUUCUUGAUCUCGAUCCUUAAGAAAACACAGAUACACGACGCAAAACAACGACGACGAUCUAAAGGGUGAACAGCGGGGAAUGAAGUUAUGCGCGCGACAAAUAAAUACUCUCCUCUGGUGGCCACGUAUUUUCGCGUAUUCACCUACGAAAAAGGUUUAUCGCAGGCGAGCGUUUCAAUCGAUUGGCAAACGAGCACCAACCAACCGCUGCGCUGGUUCAGUUGCAAUUUAUCGGCGAACCUUUAUUGACACGGUGUAUGAAAACGUGGCCCCGGUGUUUGGAGACACCCGCAGGGUAAGGGCCAUCGACUGGCGAAUCGCGUGGACUGUAGUAAACGAACGCACCCUCGACGCGAUCGUAACUUGUUUGCACGAUGGUAGCUCUAUUAAUCUGGUUGCAUCCCUCUUUUGUUUCCUUUCUUCGCUGCAACUCGGUUAUAUUACCAGAUACACGCGCUACUUUCUCUUGCAAUCUGCAAACGAUAGAAAAAAUUAGUUAACACUCGGAUGAAAUUGAAAUUAUUCUAAUCGCUCCAUCGAACUAUUGAAACAAGUUACAAAGAUAAAACUAGUCAGAUAGCCCUCGCGACAGGUGUAUGUGUAAAUAGAUAGUAAAAUCGUCGCGAAAUCGACGAACGACGCGAUUGUAAAUAAACCUAAGAUACACAGACACGUACGAGUUUUAACUAAUUCUAGAUCACGAUCUAAGCUACCAGGUAAACUAUGUAGACGAUUAGACGUUACUAAUUACAAUGUAAACCAUAUCCAUGAGCGCGCUGGAAUUCAAAGACGAAACGUUGCCGUCGAUUCGCUGCCAGCCUUUUCUUCUCGCAACUUACCGGGCCAUUUGAUCAUUUCAAAAUCUUUUCUUCGUUUGUAUUUGAAUUCGAAACCUUGAAUACUACAAGUUCUCCGAUGUUUCAGCUCCUUGGUAACUGCUAGAAUAGGUAGAAAAAUAAUUGUUUUAAGAAUCAAAAUAAGGUAUACACAGUUCCAGGAAGUUUGCGAGAAAUUAUGGUACACACCAGUCCCCGUUGAUAAAUCAAGAAAGGAAGAAACGAUUUCGUUAUUCCGUCAGGCGUGUCGAAUCGACAAAAUUCGCGCGGUUUCUAUGUACAUAAUUAAGCGUAAGUGUUAAACGAAUAUCGUGAAUACCAAGAAACCGCACAACACGAUUAAGUUUAAUCAUUUCUCGACAAACUGUUACGUGUAACAAAAAAGAAAAGGAAAUGAUGUAAAAUCGGGAGGGAGUUUAAAACUCGUCGGAUUGACUUGUACAGCGUUUUAGGCCUGUCCACGAACGAGGAUCCUCGUGUUGCUCAUACCCAUCGUUAUUACUCAUCUUCUCUGAAAAAAGAAAAAAAAAAUAUAUGAUAGAGUAGAUAAAGUGCGAAUAAUCAUAUCGGACCGUGUCAAUAUUUUAGAACAUUGAAUUGACAUGUAGUUAAUAAUUAUCAAUUAUUUGCUAUAGAAAUCGGAUGGGUAAAACAAUUUGGAUCACAAAGGUAAUCCCGGUGGACUGGCCUGAUUUAUCCAACAGCACGGAACUUUCACAUGUUCCGAAACUCAUCUCGAAGACUGCCGAAAAACGCUUAUUGUUUCAAACGCUUCGGCGUCGCGCAAUAAUCAUCGUUCAGGGCGGUUCGAAUAACGAAUAAGCGUUACAUAUUUUACUUUCACGUUGAAUUACAUCAGCAGACGGUAGCAUUGAUAGCACAUCUUCCUUAUUUGCGCUCUUUUCAAACUAUCUCGUCACCUAUUUUUGCAAACAAUCACAUACAAUUUCUACUUCGGAUAACUGCAACAGAAAUCUAAUAUCACCGAUCGUCGAUAACAUCUCACUCGACGCGACGCGACGGUUCAAAGCUUCCCGCGCAACGAUUAAUUCAAAUGGAAUGCACAUUUUCAAUAUUCUUUGCCUGUUUACUUCAACUUUUCAUUCGAAUCACAUCAAUCGUACAGACCCGUAGACGGUUCUGCUGAUCUCUUCAAACAGAUUUUCCGCAAUACGAAGGUUUUGAAAAGAAGAUGUACAUGCAAUACCUCGGGAUACAGAAAUUUCCUCGAUUCCUGACAGCAACAAAAAUAAAUAAUCAUUAACGAUAUAAGAACAGAAUAUCCGAUUUACAGUAAGCGUGAAAUUAUAAAACAGAUCCGACAAUAACAUACGAACGCAUGUAUACAACAAUUUUGCGCAUGCGACUGUGCACCGCAUAUAUACUUGAAGGAAAAUGUUAAGUAGCAAGAAGUAUAGUCGUAUCUCUCAGGUCGACGCGACAUAUACGUCACGGUAAAGGAGAAAAUUAACAAAUGAUGUUCCAAUGAUUCAUCGUCUGUUGUGAAAUCUGUCGAAACGUCGCUUUCAUGACGAUGAAUCAUGUAUGAUAUCUGUUCACUAACGCGUAAACUGAAUUCAUUCUCCUUUUUUCUAUUUCAAUUAAACCUACUCCGAUAGAAUACCUAUGAUAACGUCAACAUAAUAAUUGAUUCGUCUCGUUCGACCUGAAAGAUACUUUUACAAAUUGAUUAACAAAAAAAACAAUAGGGGAUGGAUCACUGUCAGCCGUAAACAUUUGAACAGAACCUCCAAAAGACAUGCUCACACAACAUGCAUAUAGUUACUAAUUAUACCAUUAUUGAUUACCGAUUCGAAUAUCGAGUAUGCGACAUUUUUAAUAAAUUAUUUUGAAGAUUGCUCGGCUUGUUUACCCUGAUUAAUCUACCCCUUUUUGUAGUUUUCCUUCUGUAAUAAAAUGAAAUAAACCGUAUGCUCGAUAACCUGA